GUGAGCGUGUGAGCGAGUGAGCGUGUAAGUGAGCGUGUGAGUGAGCGAGUGAGCGUGUGAGUGAGCGAGUGAGCGAGUGAGCGAUGUCACGAGUGCGAGCACCGCCCCAGGUGACCGGCAUCUCCCCCAAGGAGGGAGCGCCGUGGACCAAGGUGACGAUCCGCGGAGAGAACCUGGGAACUGGACUCUCAGAUAUCACCGGGCUGACGAUCUGUGGCCACAGCUGCCUGCUCACGGCCGAGUGGCUCUCUGCCGGCAAGCUGACUUGCCGCACGGGGCCGGCGGCUCGUGGGGACGGGCGUGGCGACAUCAUCGUCACCACACGCUCGGGCGGGCGCGGCUCCAGCACCGUCACGUUCCGCGUGCUCACGCCACAGCAGAUCGGUGUUUUGGAGCCGUGUGCCGUGUGGGUGGAGGAGUCGGGCGUCAACCUGAGGCUGAGCCGGAACAAAGCGGCGUCGCCCCUCUCACUGCGGCCCACCAACCCCCUGGGGGUUGACAUUGACCGAGAGAAGACGUUUCCCCAGGAGUGUCUGACUGAGAUGUUCCCUGGCAAGAGUGGAGACUUCACGAGCGAGACUUUCAGUCCCACCUGGUACCUCAUAGAGAACCACUCCACCACCAGCUUUGAGAACCUCCGGGUGGGCGUGCAGAACCUCCGCAAGCAGGCCUCCAAGAAGGACGAGGGAGGCCUCUCCUGCGUCAAGGGAGGCCUCAGCACAUUCUUCGAGGCCCAGGAUGCCCUGUCAGCAAUCCACCAGCGACUGGAAGAGGAAGGCACCAAGACGGUGGAGGGCUGCAUGACGGAGGAGCUGGAGUACAUCCUGCAGAAGGCGAGCGGCUGUGCCGACACGCUGUUCCAGGAGGUGCUGAGCCGCAAGGACAAUGCGGACGCUACGCGCAACGCCCUCAGCGUGCUGCAGCGCUUCAAGUUCCUCUUCAACCUGCCGCUCAGCAUCGACCGCAGCGUGCACAAGGGGGAUUACGACGUCGUCAUCAACGACUACGAGAAGGCCAAGUCACUCUUCGGCAGUACCGAGGUUCGCGUCUUCCAGAAAGUCUAUGCGGACGUGGAGGUGCGAAUCGAAGGCCUUCGGAAACUCCUCCUUGGAAAACUUCUGGAGACACCGGCCACACUGCACGACCAGAAGCGAUACAUCCGAUACUUGGCUGAUCUCCGUUCGCCGGGCGACCCCACUUGGCAGUGCAUUGUGGGACAACAGAAAUGGCUGCUGAGCUUGAUGACUUCCUGUCACGAGACCUGGCUAAAAGAAGAGACAGAGGAAGCGGCCUCAGGAGGGGCCCCACGCUACGGCCCCGACGCUGGCGCCGAUCCGGGCCCGGCCCUCCCGCCGCCGGCGGGGACGGCGGUGCCGCCACCGCCGCCGCCGGCUCCGGCGGGGAUCCCCGCGGGCUGGCUGGGGCACGGCGACUCCCUGCGGCGCACUGGCAGCUUCCGCUCCGGCCAGACGCGCACAGCCGACCACGCACCGAGCCGUGCCCGCGUCCCCGCUCGUAUCACCUUCGUGGAGACGCUGACUGACCUGGUGCUCGCUCAGCUGCCCAGCCUGUGGAAGCUGUGGAUCUCCUACGUCAACGGAAGCCUCUUCAGCGAGACCGGUGACAAGUCCGACCAGGUUGAGAAAGCGAAGAAGAACGCCCGGCUGAGGCAGCACGACUUCAAGAAGAUGCUGGGGGAGGUUCUGGCCCUGCAGGUGAAGCUGCUGAGGGGGGGCGCCGCCCCUCCCCCCGGCAGGGACGUGGGGGGCGCCAAGCCCUGGGACGGGUGGAGGGGGGCCCGGGAACUUCCCGGCCGCUGGCUACCCCAGCUGGUCACCACGCUCAGGAACUGCGUGGAGUCUCUAACGGCGCUGGACCUGCCCAGCGACAUGCUGCAAGGGCUCCACGACUUCAUCCUGGACCUGCGCGUCUACGCCGUCAUCACCGUGCUGCAGCAGACGGCUCACGAGGUGAAAGGUCUGGUGGCCAAGGAGGACUGGACCAUGGACAACAGAGGUGUGACCUCGCUGCCCGGCCUUUUUGAGCAGCACGUGCAGCACAGCCUCAAGCUGCUGGAUGACGUUGUGACCUGCAAAGGCGGAGAGACGAGCGUGUUCGCACUGGAAGCUAACACGACUCGCGUCUCGGGGCUCUUCAUAGAGAUCAUCAAGGUCCUCUUGAGCUGCCUCGAAGAGCUGGCAACUCGCUCACACACGGAGGCUGACAGUGGGCAUUUUGCAGCUGACAUUCUGAGUCUGGAGCUGCACGGCUUGAUGAAAGACAGAGCAACACCAACUCCUGAGCAACGCCUCCUCAUUGUGCUCAGCACUUGCCGAUACCUUUCCCAUCACGGCCUCCACAGCCUGGGCCAGCUCAUGGAGCGACACGACCUUCCUGCGGUCGCCUCUGUGCUGCAGUUUGGCCAGCGAGCGGUGGCGGAGCUCGAUGAGAAGCUCUUUGACGAGCUCCUGGAGCAGAAGGCCGACCCCAUUGUGGGCGCCCUGGAGCCGGGGAUGUACGCCGGCUACUUUGACUGGAACGAGUGCCUCUCGCCCACUGGCGUCAGGAAUUACAUCAAGGAGACGCUGAUGCACAUCACCGCUGUCCACGCCGAGGCGUUUUCCGUCUCUAAGGAGCUGGUGCCCCGCGUGGUGUCUCGCCUGGUGGAGGCCGUGGCCGAGGAGAUUGCGCGGCUGAUGCAGUGCGUCGCCUCCUUCAGCGCACAUGGAGCCCUGCAGGCCCGGCUGGAGGUGAGUGCCCUGAGAGAUGCCGUCGACUCCUUCCAGACCCCUAGCUCCAGGCAGAGCUUCUCGCAGGCCUUGGCUCAACUGCACCAAGUGCCCAGCGGCACUGAGAAAAAGCUGCUGGAGGAUCUGAUGAAUCGCUUCAAGAGCACCAUGAAGCUGCAGCUCACUUGCUUCAAUGCCUAGGCGUCGCCGCCACCAGCCCCCCAGCGCGCUCAGCAGUGCGUGGAGCCUGUCGUGCUGAAGAAAACCAACCACGGCGGAGCCGCAGGGACGGUGGCACGAGGGGCGGUGACCCACGGGGGAGACGGCGAGCCUGUGCCGGAAUGACGACUGUGAUGAUGAUGAUGACGAUGACGACGAGGGUGAUGAUGUCCGUGGUAGUGGUGGCGAUGCCACUCGCAGCUUCACGAACGUGUGGCAUCCCCCCCCCCCCCCCCCGCCAAGGCUAUCCCAGAGUUUGGCGUUCGGAUUUUAGUUUUUUUAAGUGACGCAUUCCUUUGUGUGCGUGCGUGCGUGAACCCGUGUGUGUGUGUGUGUGUGCGUACGUGCGUCUCUGUGUACGU